AUGAAGCCGCUGUUGCUUCUCCUGCUGGCCGUCUUGGCCACCUUCGCCCUGGCGGAGGUGUAUCAGCACAAGCUGAUCAAGAUCGAGUCCCGAAGGCGGCGCAUGAUGAGGGCUGGUACCUGGCGAGCGCAUCUGCAGAAGCGGGCGGUGAUGCGUGCCCUGCGACCGCAUCGUCGUGAUGGGUACCCGCAGAAGGUGUACGAUUGGGAUGAUGAGGAAUAUCUCGGAAAUAUCACCAUCGGAACGCCCGAGCAGCCCUUCAGGGUAAUCCUCGACACUGGCUCCUCGAACCUGUGGGUUCCGGAUUCAUCUUGCGAUGGCCCGGUCAACUGCCAACAUUGCAAGGAUAUGGGCAUCUUCUGCAAUCUGAUCUGCGACGAUCCGAGCUGCUGCACCAAUUCUCCGGUUGCCGCCGGCAAGGUGCCGCCAAAGAUCCGUGGGGCGUGCGAUGGAAAGAACAAGUUCGACGAGUCCAAAUCGACCACUUACAAGAAAGACGGCUGGCCAUGGGAGAUCGAGUACGGCACCGGAUCGGCUGACGGAUUCCAGGGAAUCGACACUGUUCGUUUCGGUGAACCGGGCACCAAGCAGCUCGUCGUCCCCUCCACCACCUUCGGCCAGGCCGAGGAGAUCGCCGACUUCUUUGCCGACGAUCCGAUCGACGGUAUUCUCGGCCUCGCCUUCACCGCCAUCUCCGUCAACGACGUUACGCCCCCACUGGUCAACGCCAUCAACCUCGGCGUGCUCACCAACCCGAUUUUCACGGUUUUCCUCAUGCACCAGUUUGAUGGAGAGGGAGUUUACGGUGGUGUGUUCACGUACGGCGACUUGGAUAAGACAAACUGCGGUGAUCUGAUCGCUUAUCAGACCCUCUCCUCUGCCACCUACUGGGAAUACAAGCUGGACCACGUGUCGGCUGGUGGAUUUGACACCAAACUCGGACUCUACGCCAUUUCCGACACCGGCACCUCGUUCAUCGGAGGACCCCAAUACGACACCGACAAGAUUGCCGCCGGCUACGGAGCCACCUGGAAUGACGAGGAUCAGGUCUACGAGAUUGACUGCAAGGCAAACCUCGGCCCGUUCGCCGUCACCAUCGGCGGAAUCGUCUACAACAUUCAAAAGAAUAACAUGAUCGUGCCGUCGGAUCAACCCGGUAACUGCUGGCUGGCCCUGUUCCCAUUCGACUCGCUGUUCAUCCCGCCGCAAUGGAUCCUCGGAGACCCCUUCAUCAGACAGUACUGCCACACAUUCGACUAUGGCCGUCAGCGCAUUGGCUUCUCCCCCAGUCUUCAGAAG